GAAGAAGAGUAGCCCAGGGUGGCUAGCUGUAGGUGGUCCUGACAUGUCAGAGAACUGACAGUAAUGCUAACUUGGCACCAGUAGUUAGUGAGUUAUUAAAAAGUACAUGGGAGCGUGAGGGAAAGAUUUUAGAGCACGAAACUUUACCAGGUGGCCUGUGUGGAGGGCUGACAGACCGGUAAAACGUUACGAAUCCCGACCUUUGAUAUCUGACAACCGCUGGUUAGCUAGCAUUAGCUGGCUAGCUGGGGAGCUCCCGAAAAGUAACGCCAGAGCUUAUUUCAUACAGUCAUGUCUGCCGCCGGAGACUUCGGAAACCCGUUAAGAAAAUUUAAAUUGGUCUUUCUCGGGGAACAGAGUGUGGGAAAGACUUCGCUGAUCACCAGGUUCAUGUAUGACAGCUUUGACAACACAUACCAAGCCACAAUAGGAAUAGAUUUCCUGUCGAAAACCAUGUACCUUGAAGACCGAACAAUCAGGUUGCAGUUGUGGGACACAGCGGGGCAAGAACGGUUUCGUAGCCUCAUCCCAAGUUACAUCAGAGACUCUGCUGCUGCUGUCGUAGUGUACGACAUCACAAAUGUCAACUCCUUCCAGCAAACCACAAAAUGGAUUGAUGAUGUGAGAACGGAGAGAGGAAGUGAUGUCAUUAUUAUGUUGGUGGGAAACAAGACAGACCUUGCAGACAAAAGGCAAGUAUCUAUUGAGGAGGGUGAGCGGAAAGCCAAAGAACUAAAUGUAAUGUUUAUUGAGACUAGUGCAAAAGCGGGCUACAACGUAAAGCAGCUUUUCCGCCGUGUGGCAGCCGCCCUCCCUGGCAUGGAUACCACACAGGACAAGAGUAGAGAGGACAUGAUUGACAUUAAGCUGGAGAAGCCACCAGAGCUACCUGCCAACGAAGGAGGCUGUUCCUGCUAAUGCCGGCUUAUGGCAUUGAUAAAUAUUUCUCUUACUGGCUUUUUUUUCUCAAACCCAGUCUUUUUUUCUUUUUUUCCCCUUGUAUCUGCACCGUUCGCUGCACCCGUCGCUGCUCCCCCAGCCUGAAAGAGAACACUAAAGCCGUUAUCCUUGCCAUUGUGGAAAGCUGCUCUCUCAUUGGGAAGUCAUAAAUCACUUCAGUUGAAUAUUUGCACUUUAACACACAUACGUUCAAACAGCUGUUUUCUGUCACUUCAAACAGACAAGUUGGGGCAGCAAAAAAAAAAGAGUUACACCGCUGUAGUUUGUCUCUAAAAAUGACAUUUUGAACCAAACCGAAUGAAAGAACGUGUGUUUAAGACAUGAAAUCAAAGUAUGUGUUUAAGAGUGAGAAUAUUCUUGAAAAAAAGUUAAAUAUCGCUUUAAGCUUAAUAAGCACAGUGUGGGUGUCGUGUGCAUUUGUCAGUUAACAUAAUUUGUGAUUUUGCAUUUGAUCAAUCGGCAAGGAUUCGUUCAUUAUCAACAAACUUUUUUUUCUUUUUUUAAACUGUCAAGAACAAUUUGUGGGAAAGGUUGCAAAUAGGUUGAAAUACAUCAGCUAGGACAUCUUAGUGCUGACACAUACACCCAUGAUGCAGCUGAAGUUGCAAGUGGCAGCCAUGUGCUCAGUGGUGCCUGUACCAGCAGAGUCCCAGUUCUCCCAACAUGUACCAGCAUGACAUGACAAGUCAAUACAUGGUCUCUCACACACACACACACACACACACACACCACCGAACAGUCUCACACCAGCACAAACACACAACACCUACUACAAGAGCAACACUAUCACUGCACCAUCCACAUUACCGUCCUUCCCUCACUUGUCUCUUGAGAUGGGUUAUUUUUUACCUUGGCUUCCAUUUUCUAUUUCCUUUUUAUUUGAAUAGAUCUUUAAUUAUUUUUUUCUAAAGACUACAGCUAUCAUAGAUUAAAACUAUUUCUUUGAACAUAGUGUUUGAGGAGGAUUUUCUCAUAUUAAGAGUCAUAAUCAUAAAACCCACUGUAAACAUUAGAGAUGGAGAUAUACAAUAUGCCUUUUGGAAUUUAAUUGUAGAGGGCUUCCUUGGCUUUUGGGUUUAUCUAGUUACGUUUGGUAUGAUGUUUUAUGAACACUUAAAAGAUUUUGCUUGUUUUUAUUUUUUUGGCAUUGAUCUUUUGUUAGUGAUUAUUCUACAUGUGUAUUUAAUCCACAAUGACUUGUAAUAUUUAUUUCUAUUGGAUUCAUGUCUUUUUUUAUGGCUGUUAAUAUCUUCACUUUUUGAAUGAGUCCUGAAUUGCUAAUUAAAUAUUCAUCCAUCGGGAUCACCUUUAACCGAAUCAGUAGAGAGCCUCUGCUGCUCCUUCUCAAUGGCAAUUUGAUCAUACUGAUAAAACAGUGCAAUUUUCUGUGUGAACUUGCGGAGGAGAGUCCGAUUUGUAUAGCAUAGUAGUCCUUAACGUUUCUGUCUGGAAUGGUUUUAAAUGAAAGAAUAAAAAUACACUUGUCACUGCU